GGCGCUCGGCUGGCUUCCCUGCUUAGGUCGAGCGGCGCGCUCCGAGUCCGGGUUCUUCCGUCAUGUCGACCGCUAUGAACUUCGGCACCAAGAGCUUCCAGCCUCGGCCCCCAGACAAGGGCAGUUUCCCGCUGGAUCACUUCGGUGAAUGUAAAAGCUUUAAAGAGAAAUUCAUGAAGUGUCUCCGUGACAAUAAUUUUGAAAAUGCUUUAUGCAGAAAUGAAUCAAAAGAAUAUUUAGAGUGCAGAAUGGAAAGGCAGCUGAUGGCUCAAGAACCACUGGAAAAAUUGGGAUUUGGAGAUUUGGUAGAUGGACAGUCAGAGGCUAAGAGUAAAUCUUAAUGGAUGAGGACCAUUGGCCAUCGGGAGGCCCUGUGCUGAGUCCCGUUGGGGCCUCAGUUUCGCCGUGAAUCCACAUGGAGUUGCCUCCCAGUUGGUGUGCCUUAUAACCGGGGAUUUGGCUUGACUUGUGAAGCUUCCAAAUCAUUUUCAUUAAUUGCUGUUCUUUUUAGAUUCUCAUUUUCCCAUAAAGGAGUAGUUUAAUCUGUCAAUCUGCAUGCAGCACAGGGUCCCCAGGAGGCUCACAGCGGAAGGGAAGAGCUCUGGAGUGAUAUCCUGCCUAGGGCACCUUCACACUGUGUUGCUCUGAGCAGCUUUUCCAAGGACCCGCUCACCCUGCAGAUUUCAGACUUUUACAUGCACGGAUGGAUGUCAGAGGAUAACUGUUCCCUAGGAAAACACUUUCCUUUUUGUAUGCACAGCUAUCUAUGCAUGCCAGUUUGGAUUUUUUUCUUUUUCUUUACAAAUGCGGAGUACAAAAUAAGAAAUGAAAAAUU